CCUCCGGGCUGGCCUGCGCGUCACUUCCGGGGAGGCAGCGGGAGCGAGGCCGACUUCCGCCGCGGGGGAGCGGCGGCGGCGGCGGCGGCGGCGGUGCAGGAGUAGGAGGCCGAGCCGCGGCGCCGAGGGACCGACGGGCGCGCAGGCGGGCGGCCAGGAGCCAUGGAGUGUGGCCCCGGGACUGGGGUGCGCGGGCCGCGGCGGGCUUCCCUGUGCAGGACAUGGAGACGUGAGGCUGCAAGGCUCCCGAGGGCUCGGCUUGGACCGAGAUGGGGCUGGGCUGCUGCCUCCUAACAGGGCUCUUGUCUGGGGCAGUGGCUGGGGGUUGCCCUCCCCCCUCCCACCCACAUCUCGGAGCAACCCUUCCCCUCUGCUGCUGAGUGAGGCCUGUCCUGGGGCCCGGUGCCCGCCAUGAACGGCCUGUCGGUGACUGAGCUCUGCUGCCUCUUCUGUUGCCCGCCCUGCCCUGGCCGCAUUGCCGCCAAGCUCGCCUUCCUGCCGCCGGAGCCCACCUACUCCCUGGUGCCUGAGCCUGAGCCCAGGCCUGGUGGGGCUGGGACCACGGCCUUGGGGACCCUGCGGGCCUCCACGGGCACCCCCAGACGUUGGAAGCUCCACCUGAUGGAGCGCUCUGAUUUCCAGUACAGCCAGCGUGAGCUGGACACUAUUGAGGUCUUCCUGACCAAGAGCAGCCGGGGCAACCGCGUUGCCUGCAUGUAUGUGCGCUGUGUGCCCGGAGCCAGGUACACAGUCCUUUUCUCACAUGGCAAUGCAGUGGACCUGGGCCAGAUGAGCAGCUUCUACAUUGGCCUGGGCACACGCAUCAACUGUAAUAUCUUCUCCUAUGACUACUCGGGCUAUGGCGUUAGCUCGGGCAGGCCCUCUGAGAAGAACCUCUAUGCCGACAUCGAUGCUGCCUGGCAGGCCUUGCGCACCAGGUACGGCAUCAGCCCAGAUAGCAUCGUCCUGUAUGGUCAGAGCAUCGGCACAGUGCCCACCGUGGACCUGGCCUCCCGCUACGAGUGCGCCGCGGUGGUGCUGCACUCCCCGCUCACCUCGGGCAUGCGUGUUGCCUUCCCAGACACCAGGAAGACCUACUGCUUUGAUGCUUUCCCCAACAUCGAGAAGGUGUCCAAGAUCACAUCGCCGGUGCUUAUCAUCCAUGGCACGGAGGACGAGGUGAUCGACUUCUCGCACGGGCUGGCGCUCUAUGAGCGCUGCCCCAAGGCCGUGGAGCCACUGUGGGUGGAGGGCGCCGGGCACAACGACAUUGAGCUCUACAGCCAGUACCUGGAGCGCCUGCGCCGCUUCAUCUCCCAGGAGCUGCCCAGCCAGCGCGCCUAGCGGAGCUGCUGCGCCCGGAGCCAAGCCAGGAACAGACCUCAGCAAUAAGGCGGCACCCCGGCCCCAGGGGCUGCAUGUGUACCCCUCGUGAGCCCCAGUCCCCCUAGGCAGCUGGCCGGCAAUGAGGUCCAAACUGCCUGCCCCUGCGUAGGGGCUGUGGACGAUGUGCAAGGGGCAGAGCCACGCUCUCCUUUUCUUUUGGAAGCAAAACAAAGGAAAAAGGUGAAAAAUUAAAGAUUAAAAAUUUUAACGUUCCUUCCCUUA